AUGUUAAACCAGCCUGAUAUAUUUGUGAAAGCCCUUCAAAAAUUAGAUCAGGUUGUUGGAAAAGACAGGCUUGUCCAAGAAUCCGACAUAUUGAAUCUCCAUUAUAUUAAAGCAUGCAUAAAAGAGUCUUUUCGAAUCCACCCAUUUGCACAUUUCAAUCUCCCUCAUGUGUCCACUCGUGACACUACGGUGGCAGGCUACUUCAUACCAAAAGGAAGUCAUGUUCUCUUGAGUCGUCCUGGACUAGGACGAAACCCUAGGAUUUGGAAUGAACCACAUUGGUUCAAACCCGAGCGUCACCUUAAAGAUGACAAGUCACAAGUGAUCUUGAAUGAUCCAGAUCUCCGCAUAUUCUCAUUCAGCAUAGGUCGGCGUGGUUGUGCUGGAGUCAACUUAGAAACCACGGUGUCGGUGAUGUUGUUAGCUCGACUUCUCCAAGCUUUCACAUGGUCCCCAUCGCCAAACGCUCCUUACAUCAAGAGUGUUGAAGGUGCUUGUGAGAUGCUUCCUUCCAAGCCUCUGCAUGCCUUUGCAUUGCCGCAUUUGAAUGAGGAGAUGUACGGUGCACUUCUAUAA